UAGAUGCACGCGAUUUCCUUGGUAAAACACUAAAAGCUUUGUGUCGAGGCACGAAAAAAUUUGGAAGAAGGGAAUCAAAAAACAUGUUUUUGAUUUAGAUGCCUACUCUAUUUGUUGGUUUUUGCAUUUCAGUCACUGACUGGAAACCAGUUUGACCAUUUUAAAAUGGAUUUUCUAUGUUCAACCAGGAAAUUUGAAGAUGUACAACCCAAACCCUCCACCCUACGCACCAAACUGCCCCCCAGGACCAGGAUUCCAGGGAGGUUUUGCUCCUAUAGUCCAGAGUCCUGUCGUAACAACAGUGACUCAAGUGCUAACACCUCCAACCGACGGUCCUGGUAUGAUGCUGUGUACCUGCUGUCAGAGGACUGUAACUACCAGGCCAUCAUUUGAGAUAGGACUCAUGGCGUGGGCUGUAUGCGGCGGUCUCUUUCUGCUUGGGUGUUUCCCUUGCAUGUGCAUCCCGUUUUGCCUGGAUUCCUGCAAAGAUGUAAGGCAUUACUGUCCUCUCUGCAACAGAUUGCUUCACACUUACAAGAGGAUGUGAAGCAGAUUCUACUUUUCUUAUAAAGAAGAAAAACAUUUUUUUUAAAUUGCUACUUUCUAUGUUUCUGUUCAUUUUUUUCUCAACUAAGUUUAAAUCACAGUGAAAAAAAACAUUUGUUUUUUUUAUUAAAUUUCAGAGUCCGUUUAUGUCAUAUUAAGUUUCGUCAUGUUUGACCUUUGGUACGUCUGGGCUCAGAUUCUGAUUUUUAAAUCAUAUUUUGAUGCUUAAUAAAAUAUUCUUAACAUGUCAUGCACCAGAUUCCAGUGUUUGCAUCACCUUUUUGCCACAGUUGAUUCUUUCAACACAAAAUGUAGACUAUGUAAAAGAAAUUGGUGUACACUGAUAUUACUAAAUUAUUAAAAAAAAGGCUUUUGAUCAGUUUUGGUCAUCUGUGAUGAAACAUUUAGCUAAAUGGAUAAAAUAUUAUUAAAUUUUGCCAUUUCUAAGAAAUAAACUGUUUUAUCAAGCAUUUCUUUUUUAGGUUUAAGUUUGGUUCAGGACUGAUAUUUAUUCAACACCUUCUGAAGAUUUUUUUUAACUAAGACCUGCAAUUAUGAAUCAAGAAAACAGUCAAUUUGCCUAUUAAAGUUUAACAGAGCAACAAUUGUUGAUAACACACAAGAUAUUAUUAAGAAACGCUAUGUAGCACCGACAUCCACACAGAAACAUCAAUGGUUUCUCUUUUGCAAG